GGAACGCCCCCCAGAUAUGGGAGGCACCGGGGAAAUCAAAUACCCGGCGUGAACCAAAACCAGCAGGCAUGGGCAAGCCUUUAGGAGAAUCCCUCCCUGAAUCCUGUUCAUUAGAACAGAGAUCAGGCUGCCCUACGUACUCUGGGGAGGGCGAAUCUCGCUGUUACAUGAAAUCUACGACGUUAACCAAACCUGCUCUACAACAAGUCUUCCAUAAAGGACUUAUAAUAAAUAAGACCAGAUCAAACUCUUUUAGUGAAUCUGCCAACAACAGUCACUAUCUGGUCAAAGCCAAUCCUCCUAUUGAUCCCACGGAAUCCACAAGCCAAGAAGCUAGCUGGACAGAGUCAACGAACAGAAAAAGGCUAAGAAACAGUCCCGACGCGCAAACUCGUACUCUAAAGCAAACUAAACUAAAUUACUGGCUCGUUGCUCCAGUCACAACAUCAAACAGAUUCGAUUUACUCGACGACGAAAGCCAAAUCACUGCGAAUCCAGCACCUAAACCUAUCAGACCACCCCCCAUAUUUGUGGACAAAGUUAGCAAUAUGCAACCAUUAUCAAAAAUGUUAGAAGAAGUAGCGAGUAAUGACUACGUAAUUAAAGUUCUACAAGGUGAACGAGUCAAAAUUCAAUCAAAAUCAUCUGAUACAUACUGCCUCAUUUAUAAGGAACUCAAAAAAAGGAACACUGAAUUCUUUACAUACCAGCCCAAACAAAAUCGCAGCUUUCGAGUUGUACUAAAGCACAUGCACCCGUCUACAGACACCGAUGAUUUAAAGGCUGCCCUUGAAGAACUAAACCUGUCAAACCUGUCUUGGAUGUUCCAGAUGUCAAACAUCUGA